CACAGCGACCACGCCCUGAACAUCACCCAGACAAGCCCCAGACUGGCCGCCCCAAGCAGCCGCCAAACGACCUGCAAAGCGCACACCCUUAACACAGUGUCCCUCCUAGCACACAUGGAAGGCGUCUGCGUUACAGGAGACCGUAACACAUGCGCGAGAAACAUAGCCGAUAGAGUGAAGGCGGCGUGUGACGCAUCUAUGGAGAAGGCCACGAAAGGUGGUAACGGGCGAAGACCAGUACCAUGGUGGAACGACGAGAUAGGCAGCGCGAGGAGAGACUGCCUAGCGGCCCGGCGCAGGUGUCAGAAAAGCAGAGGAAACAACAAAAGCUUGGCCAAAUAGUGUCCACCCUGUUCCCCACGCAACCGCCCCUUACUUGGCAAGCCGCCGGGGAAGGCGAUACUGUUCUUACCACCGAAGCCGAAGUCCUGGCUGCGCUUUGAAAACCAAGAUCGAAAAAGCACCUGGCCCCGAUGGCACUCCCAAUGCCGCACUGCUCACAUUGGUGGCAAACUACCCGGGUGUAUUCACGGAGAUGUACAACACGUGUCCCAUCCAACGAACCUUCUCCAUAGGUUGGAAGCGUCAAAGGUUGGUGCUUAUCCCAAAUCCGGGCAAGUUAAACGAUGACGCAUCCUCGUACAGACACCUAUGUGUGCUAAAUACAACGGGGAAGCAUGAGUACCAGGUGACAGGAGGAGUACCUGAAGGCACAGUCCUGUGCCCGAUACUAUGGAACGUCAUGUACGACGGGAUCCUAAGGCAGGCACUACCCGAAGGAUGCACUGUUGUGGGAUUUGCGGACGACAUAGCGCUGGUAACGGUAGCGAAAACCAUCGAAGAGAUCACGAAUAGAUGCAGCCUCUCGAUACACACCCUCAUGUGCUGGCUCGCAGUCAACGGGUUAGCAGUCGCCGAGCACAAAACGGAGGCAGUGCUGAUAAGCAGCAGGAAGGCUGUGGAGAAGGCAAGUGCCUCAAUUAAGUAUCUUGGAGUACUGAUCGCAGCAGCCAAAGCAUUCAAAUCGACUGCAGCCAUCUCAAGGAUGAUGGCCAAUACUCGAGGACCAAAGCAUCACAGCAGAAGGAUCAGAAGGACCCAUAUGGGCCGAAGCUAUGAAGACCGCAACAUACAGCCGCCAGUGCAAAGCUGUCUACAGACGCUACAGACGCAGAUGAUCUCCGGGCACGGAUGCUUUAAGGAAUACCUGCAUAGGUUUAAGCACGAGCCAAACCCCUUCUGCGACCACUGCGGCACAGGAAGCAUCGAAGACGCGGAGCACGCGUUAUUCAUCUGCCCCCUAUACGCUAGGAACCGAGCCGAAGCUGAAACAAUAACCGAUUGUAACCUGACAGCGGAGAUCGUGAUCAGCUGCAUGCUGGAAAACCAAUGCAAGUGGGACGCGAUAGCCAACAUGGCCGCUGGCAUCCUGAAGGAUCUAAGGUGUCGAGAGCGGAGUCGACGCAAGGAGUAUAGCUUUGCGGCAGUCCCGCUGGAACGGAACACUUCUAUCUCUUCUCUUCCUCUACCACUUUUAUUCCUGUAUAUGUUUAAGCUUUAUUUAAUUAAAAAAAACGUACACAUGUAGGAGAUAAAUGUUGUAACACCACCACGAAUUUGUAACACCACCUCUCCAUGUAUAUCAACCAA